UUUAGCCCUCCCCUGAGAUCACGGAAGUAUCCAGCUCUUGUCCUACGCAACUUUUUAUCCUCGGUGAGUGGGACACUUUCUGCUGUCACCAGGAUGACUGGGAAGGCAAAUGGUUUUGUUUCACUGAGACCACUUGAUCAAAGUCAGCUUUCCUUUGUUUUCCUUUUAGAACAAAGACUUUGAGUUUUGAAAAAAAUAAUUUAAGGCAAACACUGUCUUUGUCUAUUUGCUUUGAGAAAUAAUUUGUCAGAGUAUCUGCUCUGUGCCAACAAGGUAAGUGUCCUGGAUUAUUCUUCUUUGUUGUUGUCUUUUUUUUUUUUUUUUUAAUGGGGAGAUGAUUCCAGAAACUGCUUUUGCAGCGGAUGAAUAUUCUCCUUGACAGAGCACAGCUGAGAUGUACCAACUUCAGGCUUCUACCUAGUGGCCUGAAAAUUCCAGUGUUCUUAUUGGCGGAGGCCAUUCAUUUCUGAUUAAAAGCUGUCUAGAAAUCCGACUCCUCAACCCAAAGGAACCCACAGAGUACCAUGGCCAGGCGAGUUGCAGUGAUUGGAGCUGGUGUGAGUGGCCUGUCCUCCAUCAAGUGCUGCUUGGAUGAGGACCUGGAGCCCACCUGCUUUGAGAGAAGUAAUGACAUCGGGGGACUAUGGAAGUUUACUGAAACUUCUAAAGAUGGGAUGACCAGGGUCUACAGAUCAUUAGUGACAAAUGUCUGCAAAGAAAUGUCAUGUUAUAGUGACUUCCCCUUCCAAGAAGAUUAUCCCAAUUUCAUGAACCAAGGAAAAUUUUGGGACUAUCUCAAAGAAUUUGCCGAGCACUUUGACCUUCUGAAAUACAUUCGGUUUAGGACCAUGGUGUGCAGUAUAACGAAGCGUCCAGACUUCUCUGAAACCGGUCAAUGGGAUGUUGUCACAGAGACAGAGGGGAAGCAGGAACGAGCUGUCUUUGAUGCUGUCAUGGUUUGCACCGGACAUUACCUGAAUCCCCGUUUACCUUUGGAGUCCUUUCCUGGUAUUCAUAAAUUUAAAGGCCAGAUCCUGCACAGUCAGGAGUACAAGAGCCCAGAAGGCUUUCAAGGCAAGCGCGUGUUAGUGAUCGGUCUUGGGAACACUGCAGGGGACGUGGCAGUGGAGCUGAGUCGAACGGCAGCUCAGGUACUUCUCAGUACCAGAACUGGUGCCUGGGUUCUCCACCGCUCUUCAGUUGGGGGCUACCCACUUACUAUGGUGAUUACAAGAAGAUACCUUAAUUUUAUUGCACAAGUUCUGCCCUCGUGUGUACUAAACUGGAUUCAAGAGAGGGAAUUGAAUAAAAGAUUUAACCAUGAGAAUUAUGGAUUAAGUAUUACAAAGGGGAAAAAAUCAAAAUUCAUUGUGAAUGACGAACUGCCAACCUGUAUCCUUUGUGGGACAGUCACCAUGAAAACCAGCUUGAAGGAAUUUACAGAAACCUCUGCUCUCUUUGAAGAUGGAACAGUGGAAGAAAACAUCGAUAUUGUGAUCUUCGCUACAGGAUACACAUUUUCUUUUCCCUUUCUUGAAGAACCUCUUAAAAGCCUUUGUACAAAGAAGAUAUUCCUGUACAAGCAGGUCUUUCCUUCAAACCUAGAGAGAACAACACUAGCUAUCAUUGGCCUCGUCAGCCUUAAAGGAUCCAUCUUAGCGAGCGCAGAGCUCCAAGCACGCUGGGCCACAAGAGUAUUCAAAGGACUCUGUAAGAUACCUCCAUCCCAAAAACUGAUGGCUGAGGCUACUAAAAAGGAACAACUCAUAGAAAGGGGUGUGAUGAAAGACACCAGUGAAGACAAACUUGAGUUCAUUCUGUACCUGGAUGACCUUGCUGCAUGCAUAGGCGCAAAGCCCAGUAUCCCUCUUCUGUUCCUCAAGGAUCCCAGGCUAGCUUGGGAAGUUUUCUUUGGACCCUGUACUCCUUACCAGUACCGCCUCAUGGGCCCUGGAAAAUGGGAUGGAGCCAGAAACGCCAUCCUGACCCAGUGGGACAGGACGCUGAAACCCUUAAGAACUCGAAUCAUUCCCGAUUCCACCAAGCCUGCCUCCAUGUCACAUUAUUUAAAAGUUUGGGGGGCACCUAUCCUCCUUGCCUCUCUUCUACUCAUCUGUAAAUCUUCGUUUUUUUUUUAAAUCGGCGCCAGAUAAUCUACAGGAUAGAAUUUCCCCUUAUCUAAUAAGUAUUUGGUGAGGAUGAAUCUGAUUCAUUAUAAAAGCUGUCCCUAGCCACAUUAAUUCUAUCUCCAAAUAUUUUGUGCAUUCCUCCUCUCCUUUCCGUCUUAACUGCUAUCAUCCAAGUUCAGGUCCAGUCAUCUCUUAUCUGAAUUAUUAUACUGUCUUCCUCUUUGGUCUCAGUGCCUCCUUUCUUGCCUCCUUUUCCAAUCCAUAUUCUACUCUGCUACCUAAGC